UCUGACAACAUGUGUACUGGAAAAUGUUCCCGUUGCAUUGCUAUUACUCUGUACCCAUUAGCACUCAUAUGCAUCAUCUGUAACAUCGUGCUGUUCUUUCCUGGCGGGGACGUCAAGUAUGCCAAGGCUGGACACCUUACUGAGGAGGUGUCAUACAUGGGGGGACUCGUUGGAGGGGGUGUAAUGGUGUUGAUCGCAGCCAUUUACAUCAACAUGACUGAAGCUCAGGGGUGCUGUGGAAAUCGCUUUGGGAUGUUCUUAUCAAUUGCAUUCGCUGCAGUUGGCGUUGUCGGUGCCCUCUACAGUUUCAUUGUGGCAGUGCUCGGUUUGAAUAAUGGGCCCUUCUGUAAAUAUAAUGGGGCGUGGAUAACACCUUUUAAAAACAGUAAUUCCACCUACCUGGCCGACCAUGAGUUGUGGGCAAAAUGCACAGAGCCAAAGAACGUGGUGCAGUUCAACAUGGGAUUGUUCCUUACCCUGAUGGCGACCAGCUGUCUGCAGAUGUUGCUCUGUGCCAUUCAGAUGAUCAACGGGCUGUUUGGUUGCCUGUUUGGAGUCUGCAUCAACAAAGAGAACCUACAGCAACCAUAAGAUCAUGGUCACUCAUACCACAUCUGAAGAGUUCCCUUGCGCCCCGCCCCCUGUUGGAAGGCUGUUGUUCCUGGCUGCAUGUGCCUAAAAUGUUUACGUUGAAAUUGUUGUUGGGUCUGGUAACAUUUUAAAAUUUUAAUGUGCAUUACAUGAUACUUCAAAAUGUUUCAAUGUAUCAAGGUGUUGGAAAAACAAUUUUAGAAACGAUUCAUACCGAUUACAUGGUCAAGGUCAAAUAAAUUUAAGCUGCUGAUUCACGG